AUGAAAAAAUGAAAACAAAAACAUUACUUGGUUGGGUUGGGUUUAGAAAAAUAUGUUUUAGUGUUUUCCUUCUUCAAAUAAAUAUAUUUUUAACGUUUAUUCUUUCAUAAACUCUUUAAAUACCUACCACUGUUGACGAAACAGUAUGAAAGAUCCAAAAAUGAGUACCCACCUCUCUGGAGGGCGACUGAACGUCAGUCUAGUCCAAGAAACCAUGAGAAAAGAUUUGCUGAAUCUCCUACAGCUUUGUGAAGGACCUAAAGUGACAAUAUGGGACGAAUGGCUAGCUGGUCCUGUAGGGCUCAUAGCACAGUACUCACUCCUGAAAGAGCACCAAGUCAUAGAGAUGUACCCUCUGCGACCAGGCAACCUGCCAUCAAUACCAUACAAACAUAUCAUCUUUAUCACUCGGCCAAAACUGGAGUUAAUGGACUUGGUAGCAGAUUAUAUUCUUUCACUUAGAAACAAAGAAAGUUCUUCCCAAGUAGAGUUCCACCUGUUCUUCGUGCCCCGCAAGAGUGAGCUGUGUGAGAAACACCUCAUCAACCGCGGGGUGCUCCUCAGCCUCUCCAUACAAGAGUUCAAGUGUAGUGUCUUCCCAUUUGAAAGUGAUGUUAUGUCAUUGGAACUCCAGAAUGAUUUCAGGGAAAACUACUUGGAAGGUGACCCGACAUGUAUUUACAAUUCCGCGCAGGCGCUACGAUCUAUACAACAACUGUAUGGCAUCAUACCCAGGGUGUAUGGAAAAGGAGUAGCUGCCAAACAGGUUUGGGAUCUAUUCACGCGGCUAAACAAAGAGGAGCAAGGCACAGGUCCCAAGGGGGCAACGACCUCUUGCAUCGAUCAGCUGUUGUUGAUUGACCGGGCGGUGGAUCUGGCCAGUGUUAUGACUACACAGAUGACGUAUGAAGGUCUUAUUGAUGAACUUUAUGGUAUAAAGAGUUCGACGGUGUCGUUCCCCGGACACAAAUUCGUGAGUCCCGACGACCCGACGCCUGAGGUGACGGGACGGGAGAAGAAACGCAUCAUACUCAACUCUAGUGAGGAACUGUUUGCUGAGCUAAGGGAUUGUAGCUUUACUGAGGUGGGACCGCUCCUCUCGAAAAAAGUGCACCAAAUAAAGACGCAACUGGAAGAGCGGCACAAUCACAACAAAUCAGUACAAGAGAUUAAACAGUUCGUGUCGCGCUUGCCACAAAUGUUGGCCGCCAAGUCCUCGCUCGCCACACACAUGGCCAUUGUGGAGUAUAUAAAAGAGACAACCGACAGUUUCGAGUUCCACGACACGAUACAGUGCGAAGAGGAAUUCCUGAAUUGCAUCGAUCAUGAGAAGGUUUCUCCAUACAUUGAAGAACUCAUCGCUAAGAAGGAACCACUCACGAAGGUCCUCCGACUGAUCUGCUUACAAUGCGUGACCUGUUCCGGUCUAAAACCCAAAGUGCUGGAGUACUACAAGCGGGAAUUGGUGCAAGUGUACGGCAUGAGCACAUGGCUCACACUCUGCAACUUGGAGAAGUGUGGACUGCUGAAGGCACAGGCUGGAGCUAGGCAAUACAUUGUUCUGAGAAAGGCGUUACACUUGACGAUGGACGAAUCGGAAAUGGAGGGCAAGGAGAGUUACCUCUCGUCCAAGUACACUCCUCUCACCGUGCGACUGAGCGAACACAUCGCCAAGAACAAGGGCUGGAAUGGUAUUCAAGAGAUAUUAGGUCUACUACCAGGUCCGCCUUUAGAAGUACUUCAGACUCUUCAACCUCGAAUGGCGAGACGGAACUCCAUUUCAAGCGAAACCUCCUCACUAGAGAACCCUAAAGUCAUCCUAGUGUUCUUCAUCGGUGGAUGUACGUACCAGGAGAUAUCAGCCCUAAGAACAAUCAGUCAACAAGAGGAUUCUAAUGUAGAGUUCGUAAUAUUAACUACGAAAUUACUGACUGGAACCACAUUUAUUGAGUCGCUCAUGGAAUCUGAUUAAGAUUACGACAUUGUAUGUUAUAAUGUAUGAUGUAAAAAAGGAAUAUAGUGUAGAAAUAUUUGUACACAAAAUCAGUUUUUUCUUCAGAUAAUGUCACUACACACAAAUAACGAUCUUGCAACAAUAAAUACUAGUAGAAGAUGCAGUCAAUCAAUUUUCUAUUGUAUAUUUGUAGUGUGUUGAAUUCAGUGAUAUCAUCUAAACAAACAAUAUGGAUAAAAAUGUAUUAGAGAAUUGUAAGAUAAAUGUUACU